CCCUACGCUAAAAAAAACGGGUUUACUGGAUAUUGCAACUCGGUUAACCAGGCGCCUGGACGCGGCGGCUGUUUAGCAUCCGCGUGAGAAUGCUCCCGCCCGAGGUGUUCAAUGCUGCUCGGGGGGGUGGCCUCGCGGCCCUCGCCGCUAUCCAAAACUGGCUAGAGCAAGGUGGCAACCCAUGAGGGCAUCGAGCAAGCAAUCGAAGACAUGAUUCCAGCUGGGGCUAUGAUGGGGAGAAGGGUCUCCCACAACCCAGGAUCGACAUUACUCAUGGCCGCUGCGUCUAGGGAACGACUCGACGUCGUGCGCCUCGUCGUCGAAGCCGGCGCGGACGUAAACGUUAGGGUGGGAGGCUACACCGCGCUCAUAUGGGCAGUAUUAAGAGCUAGUGUUGAUUGCGUUGAAUAUCUCCUUGCUCGCGGCGCCGAGACCUCCGGGAUUGUAGAUGAAACACAGAUAAUAUGCAGAAAGAACGCGCUGCACAGGCAUCGUCCAUAUGAAGCACUGGGUUCUCCGCGUAUCGUGCGAAUGCUAUUGGCCAAGGGCGUUGUUCUCACUACUGUUCGUUUCGAUAGUAGCACCUAUGGUAUUAAUAGUCUCGAAGAGCUUGCCCAGGAACGUGCUGCGUUCUACAAACAGCAAGCAGAAGCCAGAGAGGGGCCUCCCACAGUGAGGCUAACAAGGAUGGAUGACGGUCGAGACUUGGAUAGAGCCAAUAGCUACGCCGAAACUGCUAAGAUCCUCGCGGGCACGCGCCUCGCCGGCCAUAGCUACAAGCGCUGGGUGCUGAAGGACUACAUGGCGUUGCUCCGCGUGCGGUCGCUGCUCGCGCGCGGGAGGGCGCGUCACGGGCCCGAGACCACCGUAGUCGUCGCGCGGCUCUUUGGGAGCCUCAGCGGCUUCGCGGACGUGCCGAAAGAGUUAUUCUGCCGGGUCGUCGAGUACGCGUGGCUCGGAGAUUGGCGCCACCCCUAAACAGAGUAACAACAUAAUCUUACAGCA